AGGAGGACUUCAAAGGGAAGUCUCCGGAGGAGAUAGAAAUGAUGAAGGUCAUGGGAUUUGGUGGCUUCGACACAACGAAAGGUAAAAAGGUAGAUGGCAAUAACCAGGGAGCUGUGCACGUCGUGCUGAAGCGCCGCUACCGACAGUACAUGAACAGAAAGGGCGGCUUCAACCGGCCGCUCGACUUCGUGCUCUGAGGUGUGCAACAGUGAUCGUGAUGACUGUCAGAAUGUGGCGACUUGAUGCCGUUCGUAUGCGUACUCUUGGUGUGAAGAGCCGCCAUGCAACUUUUGUCUUGUUUCUUUUUGCAGUCGUGCUCAUCGCGCUAUUUUGCAUCUCCUACGUUGUACGGUAUUUUGAGCUGGACGCGUGGGUAUUCACCUCAAACAUGGCGUACAUGGCAGAUUGGCGUUUCUCUGCGGUUGUAUGCAGAUGUUCAGGCAAUGUUAAGUUAAAGUGUGCAUACCAGUGUAAUACAUCAUCGUGCAUCAGA